AUGACCCCCGCACUGGAGGCUGCUGCGGACGCCGGGCGAGCGAGAUGGCCCCGGGCGAGCGCCGCGAAGAGGGCGGCGUGCUUGCUGGCUGCGGCAUACGGGCUGAAAAUUCUCUGCCCGCUCGUCUGCAGGCGGCUCAGGCAGGCAAGCUCCAGGAAGGGCUUGCGGCCGGUCGCCAGCAGCAGCAGGAGCCGGGCUGCAGGGGGGGAUCUUCCCCAGGAGGCGACGGCGACGCUCCUGCACUGUCCCCCGGCGUUGCCGUCGGGCCGAGCCUCGCCGGCGGCCAACGCAGAGUUCUUCCGGCAGCUGCUGGAGCUCCGCAAGAUCCUCUUCCCCAAGCUGGUGAGCCCCGAGAGCGGCUGGCUGUGCCUGCACUCGGUGGCGCUGGUUUCGCGGACCUUCCUCUCCAUCUACGUGGCGGGCUUGGAUGGCAAGAUCGUGAAGAGCAUCGUGGAGAAGCAGCCACGGAGCUUUGCCUGGAAGCUAAUCAAGUGGCUCAUGAUUGCCAUCCCGGCCACUUUUGUCAACAGUGCCAUCCGCUACCUGGAGUGCAAGCUGGCCCUGGCCUUCCGCACCCGCUUGGUGGAUCAUGCCUACGAGACCUACUUCGCCCACCAGACAUAUUACAAGGUGAUCAACAUGGACAGCAGAUUGGCCAACCCCGACCAGUCACUGACAGAAGACAUCAUGAUGUUCUCGCAGUCUGUGGCGCACCUCUACUCCAACUUGACCAAGCCCAUCUUGGAUGUGGUGCUGACCUCCUAUACUCUCAUCCAGACGGCACGGUCCAGGGGGGCCAGCCCCAUUGGACCCACACUCUUGGCUGGCCUGGUGGUAUAUGCCACUGCCAAGGUGCUGAAAGCCUGCUCACCCAAGUUUGGCAAGCUGGUGGCAGAGGAGGCCCAUCGGAAGGGCUACCUGCGCUAUGUCCACUCACGGAUUAUUGCCAACGUGGAAGAGAUCGCUUUCUAUCGAGGACACAAGGUAGAGAUGAAUCAACUCCAGAAAAGUUACAAAGCACUGGCAGAACAAAUGAACCUCAUUUUGUCCAAACGCUUGUGGUAUAUCAUGCUUGAGCAGUUCCUGAUGAAGUACGUCUGGAGUAGCAGCGGUUUGAUUAUGGUGGCUGUACCUAUCAUCACUGCGACAGGAUUUGCAGAUGGCGAAUUAGAAGAUGAUCAGAAACAAGCGAUGGUCAGUGAGAGAACGGAAACCUUCACUACUUCACGAAAUCUCUUGGCAUCUGGAGCGGACGCCAUUGAAAGGAUUAUGUCUUCUUACAAAGAGGUCACAGAGCUAGCAGGUUACACAGCUCGAGUGUACAACAUGUUUGCAGUCUUCGAUGAAGUGAAGAGGGGGAUUUACAAGAGGACUGCUGUUUCCCAGGAAUGUGAAAGCAGCCACAAGAAGAGGGACAAAACAGAACGGCAUAUUGAUGGCCCCUUAGAAAUCAAGGGAAGAGUGAUAGAUGUUGAUCAUGGAAUAAUCUGUGAAAAUGUUCCUAUUAUUACCCCAAACGGAGAUGUGGUGGUUUCCAGGCUAAACUUCAAAGUUGAAGAGGGAAUGCAUCUUCUAAUCACUGGGCCCAAUGGCUGUGGAAAGAGUUCUCUCUUCCGAAUUCUGAGUGGCUUAUGGCCUGUCUAUGAAGGGGUUCUCUACAAACCCCCUCCUCAGCAUAUGUUCUACAUCCCACAAAGGCCUUACAUGUCCAUUGGAACACUGCGGGAUCAGGUCAUCUAUCCUGACUCAAUUGAUGACAUGCAUGAAAAGGGGUACCAGGACCAGGAUCUGGAAUGUAUUUUGCAGAUAGUUCAUUUGAAUCACAUAGUUCAAAGAGAAGGAGGAUGGGAUGCUGUGACAGACUGGAAAGAUGUCCUCUCUGGAGGAGAAAAGCAGAGGAUGGGCAUGGCUCGGAUGUUUUACCACAAGCCCAAAUAUGCACUACUGGAUGAAUGUACAAGUGCUGUCAGCAUUGAUGUGGAAGGAAAGAUAUUCCAGGCUGCCAAGGGAUCUGGCAUAUCCUUGCUUUCGAUAACGCACAGACCAUCUCUCUGGAAGUACCACACACACUUGCUCCAGUUUGACGGGGAAGGAGGCUGGCGCUUUGAACAGUUGGACACUGCUAUCCGCUUAACCCUCAGUGAGGAAAAACAGAGACUAGAAUCCCAGCUUGCAGGAAUGCCAAAAAUGCAACAGAGACUGAAUGAACUUUGCAAAAUCUUAGGGGAAGAUUCUGUGCUUAAAACAAUGGAGAAAGAGGAAUAAAUGUUUUAGUUUAUAUCCCCCAAUUUUUUAAAAGAUAUAAAUGCACUUUGAUUUCUGAGACACUAUGGUUUGCAUGUACUGUGAUUAGCUUAGAGUGUAAGGAAACAUAAUUGGCAGCAAUCUAAAUGCUUCGGAAAGCCUUCAGCCUUCUAAUGUUAAGGAAGAACAUAAAUGUGUCCUGUGCUGAAUCUUAGUGGGGGGUUAUUUUCAGUUGGAAAAUAGGGUUCUUGAAAGGAUGUCAAAAGCCUCUUGCAGAACUUCAUACCUUAGUGCUCUUCCAUGUUGGUUAAUGCCCAUUUUCACCCCUAACAUGCUGCUGCUUUGAUGCCAAUUUUAGGAUUUCCUUGUGUUUCACUUUGUGGUCUCAGGCAAUCAGGGAUCAUAUGGGGAGCCCUGUGACAUCACAGCACCAUGUAGCAAAUCAGGUCUGGACACAUGACUGAGUGCAAGCAAAGCCCUCCCAUUCCCCUGACUCUCAAUGAAGAAGAAGGAACAUAAUUACUUUUCCCAAUCAACUGGGCUCAAGCUGCCUACACUUACUGCCCACCAACUCUUGCAUGGCAACAUUUUUGUCCUGUUCCUUCUCUCAUUUUGCAUUGUUGCACACUGAAUACUUAAGGUAAAAUGAGGCUGUGGCUGCAUAUUAGAUACAAAACCAAAUGUUAUGUUAAAGUUUAUUUCUAUGCCAUCUUUCAGCCAAAAGGCUUCCAGGGCAGAUUACAAAGGGAAAUGCGAAUGCAAAAAUCAGACAAUAAAAUAUAUUUUGCAAAAGUUUGCAGAUCACAAUAGUACAAUAACCUCUUUAAAACAAACAAAAAUCCCAAUGCAUCCUUCUUGCCUUAAAAUAAAAGUCUCCCAAAACUGAAAAAGAAAGCAGUUGCACUGUUGCGUAAGGAGAGCAACUUCUUAUAUGGCUACCAGGAAGUUUGAUAGCAGGUGUGAAGACUCGUCCCGAUGGAGCACAGCAGUGAAGCCCAGACAACAGCUCCUUAUAAAUGUCCUAGGAAGGGCAAGUAGAAAGCAAAUCCCUGAUUAGUCUAAAUGCUGCCUCUCCCUCGUCAUUGCAAGAAAUCCACAUUCAGGUGAGCAUCCAAGUUGCAGUCAUAACUGUGACUACCGCCAGUUCAUGCUGCAUUACUUUUGCUGGAUAUGCACUGAAGGGCAUCAAAAUGUUCAUCCACAAUCUAUCCCGAAUAAUCAAGGAUGCUCUAGGCAAAGUGGCAUUGGAUAGAUUCCCUGUGUGCCUUGGUGCACCUCUAGCAUUUGUGGACGACCUGCAGGGCUUAUCUUGGCCACACUGGCCCAACCAGCAACCACAGUGCAACUCAACCUCCAGGGCAUUGUUGGAAACAAAGGUGGCAGCCAGAAGUUGCUCUUCUGCCCAGCAUUUUGAGGGAGCAGUGGUGGUGGUUGGGAUUAAGUACACAGAACAGCAGUGGUCCUUGCUUGGAGCUGCUUGAAAAGUGGUGUGUUGGUAAAGUGUAAGUGCCCAUCAUAUUAAUUCCCAUAGCAUUACUCCCAAGGAGAGUCCAAAGUUGCAGACAGCUUUGAUGAUCCAUUCAAAGCAAUCUAGCAGUUCUAGCAGUUUUCAGCUCUAUCAGAAACAGGUCAUUCAUAAUGACAAUAGCUUUUUCUUCCCUCCCCAAACACUUUGCAUUAUACCCAUCCAUUUCCUUGUCCAGCUACAGUGAGUAUUGAAGGAAUGGCAGGUAGCUGAUUAAAAAGUGCUGUCUCUAUGGCUCCCUGAAGAUGCUAUGCUAUGACCCUGGUCCUGCAGAGCUUGAUCAGGGUGGUACCCAUUUCUCCUUGACACCUACCUCUUUAUGAACAGUUUCGUGCUUGUUUGCAAAAGGAACCCAGCCACUACUGGAAAAGUAGGGCUUCUGCUAUGGGGGGCAUUGGUAAAAUGUGCCUCCAUUUUGGCUCAGAACUGGUUUGAAUGCUGAAAAGCAAAAAAAGAAAUGCAUUUUCUCUCUGUGUGUAUGAACAAGCACUAUACCUUACAGUAGUUCCUAAUGAGAUUACAUACUCAGGUUACUCCUGGGAAGCUGCUUGUGCAGUUAGAUUAUCUCAAUAGAUUCUUGCUUGGAAACCAGCAGGCAGAAUACGCCCUCCCACCGAAUUUCCACAUGCAUCUGAUACGUUUGUUGUGUACAGCAAAUGAGCCAGGCAUGGAGCAAGGCAGGGCAGGGCAGCAGUGAGUAUACACAUGCAUGAAG